AUGCAAUCGAGGGUAGCGGCCAAAAUGCAACGAUGGGUUCUCUCUCUAGCCCAUAACCAAGCUCUCCGCAUAGGACUUUCAUCCCCCCGAUCGGCCGGUCGCACCGCUGACCCUGAUAUUCAUUCCGGAGAAGUCGAAGCUGGACCUGACGUAUAUUACAGAAAAAACGAAGGUCAAGGAAGUGUGGUGGAUAGUGAUGAUGCGGCCAAGCAAGAAUUAGAACACAAAGCCCAUAAAGAAACCGGGCCAUUGAAGCCUCCAAGAACACCUUUUGCUUCUUCUCCGAAGCUGGAAAGCACGGAGGUUUCGCCUCAACCCCUGGACCCCGUUGUUCAGCAAAAGCGUAGCCAUGCAACUGCAAGCGUAGAAGAUGCCAGUUGCGAAGGAUUUAACGGCACGCCAUGGCCAAAAGACAAGGAAAAAGAGCAUAGAGACAGGAACGAACAGGUGGAGGAUGACAGAGAAUACUUCAAGCAUCACAAGGCUUCGCCGUUGUCGGAGAUCAAUGUAGUCGAUACGAGGAAGCCAUUGACGAGAGCAACUGAUGGGACAGCGGAUGCCGUCGAGGAUAACGAUCGUGGCGCAGACGGGAUUGCGUGGAGGCCUGAGCAGCUCGACACGGCGGAGGAGGCGCUUAGGAGGGCCGUCGAGAUAUUUAGGCAGAAUGCUAUGCGUGGUGAUCCGGAAACUUAUCCCCAUUCCAGGGUUCUUAGAGAGCUUCGUGGUGAAUGGUUUUGACAUGAAUUGCACCUCGUGUAUAUCCAAUCGACUUUUAUAUAUAUGCGUGUGUAAAUUGGUAGCUUGCUAGCUGAAAAAAGGAAGGAUUUUGCCAAUAUUAAUAAAAAUAGUCUGACUAAUAUUUAAAGAAA